AUGGCUGUCUCCGCGCCGCCCGUCAUCGCCGCAACUUCCAGCGGCGGCGCGGGGGGCUCGGCAGGCUUGUUCCGGGCGGACCCGCUGUACUCCAGCCCCGCGGAGUCCCCGCGCCUCACCAACAGCCUCGUCAACAGUUUCCUCUCCGCCGGCAGCGGCGGGGCCGGCGCGGGCGGCGGCGGCGGGGGCGGCGGCAACGAGUGUAAGAUGGUCGACCUGCACGGGGUGAAGGUAGCCUCGUUCCUCGUGGAGGGGCAGGAGCUGAUCUGCCUGCCGCAGGUCUUUGAUCUCUUCCUCAAGCACCUGGUGGGAGGGCUGCACACGGUCUACACCAAGCUGAAGCGGCUGGAUAUAUCGCCCGUGGUGUGCACGGUGGAGCAGGUCCGCAUCCUGCGGGGGCUGGGGGCCAUCCAGCCCGGCGUCAACCGCUGCAAGCUCAUCACCAGGAAGGACUUCGAAACUUUGUACAACGACUGCACCAACGCGAGGAGAAGGCGUCAGAUGGGUACCCAAACUCAAGUUUUAAAUAACUCACGACCGGGAAGACCCCCCAAGCGUUCCCUAGGAGUUGCAAUACAAGAAAAUGCACGUCUUCUGCCCCAUGGAGUUCCAGGCCUCUUAUCACCAGGACUUAUCUCUCCGACAGGUCUGACAGCGGCUGCCAUGGCAGAGGCUAUGAAGUUACAGAAAAUGAAACUUAUGGCAAUGAAUAGCCUUCAUGGAAGUGGAAGUCAAAAUGGAACAGAAUCAGAAAAUGAAGAGCUCAAUUCUAAUGCAGGUGGGAGUGAAUCCUCCUGGGAUAAAGACAAGCUUCAGUCUCCCAUUACAACGGGAUCACAGCACAGCAUUGGUCAUCCCACGCUGUCAGGGCAGUCGAGCCUUGGAAGUGCGCACCCACUCAGUCCUCUCCAGCAGAAUCACCUGCUCACCAACAGGAUAGACCUGCCGUUUAUGAUGAUGCCCCACCCUCUGCUUCCCGUCAGCCUACCUCCCGCUUCGGUUGCAAUGGCAAUGAAUCAGAUGAACCACCUCAAUACAAUAGCUAACAUGGCUGCAGCAGCCCAAAUGCACAGUCCUCUUUCCAGGGCAGGGGCCUCUGUUAUAAAGGAAAGGAUUCAAGACAGCCCUUCUCCAGCUCCGUCUCUAGAAGACAGUCAGCGGCCUGGGAGCCACGCUUCCUCCCAUCAGAGCAGCAGCGUGUCCAGCUCGCCGUCCCAGUUGGACAACACACCGGACAGAAUUGAAGAGGUCCAAAUUGCCAUUCCAAUAAUGAAACCAACCUUAGAUAAAGUCCAACUGGCUGGACAGGCCUUGCCUCCUGGAUUUCCGGCGCCAUUUCUUUUUGCUGAUGGUCUUUCAUCAGUAGAAACACUAUUAACCAACAUUCAGGGCCUACUGAAAGUGGCCGUGGACAAUGCGAGAGUCCAGGAAAAGCAGAUACAGCAGGAAAAGAAAGAGUUAAAGAUGGAGCUUUGUAGAGAGAGAGAACUAAGAGAGAGCUUGGAAAGGCAACUCACAGCUGAGCUGCAAAGCAGAGCAACAAUUCAGAAACGCUUGAAGAAAGAAAAAAAGGCCAAGAGAAAAUUGCAGGAAGCUUUGGAAUUUGAAUCAAAGAGAAGAGAACAAGUGGAACAGGCGCUUAAACAGGCCACAUCAGGUGACGGUCUCAGGAUGUUAAAUGAUGCUGGAAUCCCAGAUAUGGAAAUAGAACACAACGGAACCCAACAUGACAGUGCAGCAAUGCAAGAAAACAGAACAUACAUCAAACCUACUAUUAUGUACUGAAGGAAACACCUAUUGCUGAAAAAUGUAUAAUGAUCACUAUUUGAAGACUAUAUAGUUCAUGAAAAACGUCCCUUCCAACCUUUGAUGCCUUCAGUACUGUGUGAAGACCAGGAUUUGUAGCAUGAAACUCGAAGGACAAUUUCAAGCAAUUUACUGUUGCUGCAUCGAAAACUGCCGUAUUGUCAUUAAGAAAUAUUGAGACUUUUUACAAGCUUACCAUACCAAACCAAGCCUGUUGCAACAGAUCAUUUUUAGGUCCCCGGAGAUAGAAAGGAGUUUUAGUAUUUUUAAGCACAUACAGGAAUUACUCCCCUUCCCCCCAAAAAAGAACUUUUUUUUUUCCUAAGGAGGUAGCUAUUACUGUAUAGCAAUGGCACAAUGAUUUUAAGCCACAAAGGUCCUCACUGGCUGUACAUCAUACAAGUCCAGUUUAUCACUGAAACUGUUCAACAUGGAGCUGUUUCGAUUGUGUUUAUAAAUUAAGCUUUGUUUACUGAAGCAGAUACUCGAUAUAUAUUACGUUUUAAAAAGAAAUGUGUGUACAUUUUUUAAAAGACUGAUGUAAAAACUGUCCUUUCAUUAGAUGACCAAUUCAGAAGUGUGAGCUAAACCCUAAUAGCUGACGUAACACGAGGAUUAUAAUUGAUGCUUUUUUUUAUGCUCAGUUCAGCUUGGCUUUUGGUCUUUUAAGAUGAAAAAAUGAAUAUGCAGUAGAGUGUUA